AUGUCUGAAUUGACAGAAUUUGACAAGCAGCGUGCCGCAAAUAUCGCCAGGAACCAGGCGAUCCUCGCGAGCCUCGGUCUCGAAGUUAAUGCAGCUCCGAAGCCCCCGAAUAAGAGGGUCAAGGUCAAAAGGGAGGGGCCGAUCGAAGGCGUGCGAAAGUCCGCGCGUGUCGCCAGUGCCCCGAAGCGCAAAUACCGUGAAAGCAACGACAGAUCUGAGAAAGAGAACGACAGCGAUGACGGGUUUACCGACGAGAGUGAGAGUGACGCGGACUUCUACUCUGACGAUAGUCAGCCGCCUAGCCAAUUGGGUAAACGUAGGCGCGGGGGGUAUGCUCCUGGUCAUGAUGGCCCAGUGCUUCCGGGUGACGGGGAGGGAUUGCGUAGGAGGGUGGUGAAUGGGAGGAACGUUCAACAUAUCGAUCCUGAGAAGCGGGCUGUGCGGCCGGAUCCGAAGGUCUUUGGACCCAUUCGUGGGAUCAAGGUUGGGCAUUGGUGGCCAAGUAGAUUGGCUUGUAGUGCCGAUGCUGUUCAUCCCCCUACUGUCGGUGGUAUUUACGGCGGUACUACGACUGGAGCGUACUCCGUCGCCGUUUCUGGCGGAUACGAAGACGAUGUGGACGAGGGAUUUCGCUUCACGUUCACUGGCUCUGGAGGCCGUGAUCUCAAGGGCACCGCGAGUAAUCCCAAGAACCUUCGCACUGCCCCUCAAUCCUCUGAUCAGACUCUCACCGGCUUCAACCUAGCACUAAAGGUUUCCUGCGAUACGGGAAACCCGGUCAGGGUUAUUCGCGGGUUUAAAGCCACCCUGGGACCAGAAGAGGGUUACCGUUACGAUGGACUCUACAAGGUUCUGAAAGCCUGGCAGGAGACUGGCCUGUCCGGAUUCAAGGUGUGGAAAUACGCCUUCAAGAGAAUCGAUGGACAGGCUCCCUUGGAUACCAGCAUUGGAAAACCCGAUGACUUUGGUGACGAGGACGACUACAACAUCAAGGACGAAACCGAGGAAAAUCCUGGCCAAGAACCCCCUGAGCCCGGCACCGGAAAAGCGGAAUGGCUUGAGGAAGAAGCAGAAGACCGACCCAAGCGGACUCGCAGAUCCACUCGCAAAUCCUACCGAGAAAUUGGCGGCGAAGCCACCUCCACCUCCACCCCUAGUGGCCCGACCACACCUGCGUCCAAACUCUCCGACAACGCCGAAACAUCAGUUACUUCUGAUGAUUCCUAUACUAAGAUGGAACCUGUCGUCCUCAUCAGUAGGAAGACCGGCGCUAGGGCUAGCUCGAAGAAUAAGUAUCAGCCUUUGGUGAGCGAGUAUUUCUCGCCUAAGGGUGAUGAUAGCGGUGUUACCUCGGUGAGUAGGAGGAGCUCUAGAAGGGUUAGCAAGAAGGGGGAGAUGUGAGUUGGAGGGGUCCGUGAGGGGUGGAAGUGGGGUUGUAAUGCAAUGUAAAAUAAAAUAGUGUAGUUUAUUUCUUUUUUCUCUUUCCUCUUUCCUU